UUCGGUCCAACGGGAAUGGAACGUUGCUUUCUUUCUGCGCUUGCGCAGCAAGGAAGCCUCACUUCCGGCCCUGCGCGCGCAUGGCCUGAACUCUGCCGCUGCUUGACGGGCACCAUGAAGUUCAAACCCCUUGUGACCUCGGACCGCAGCAAAAACCGCAAACGUCACUUCAGUGCCCCGUCCCACGUGCGCAGGAAGAUCAAGUCGUCGCCACUCUCCAAGGAGCUGCGGCAGAAGUUCAACGUCCGCUCCAUGCCCAUCCGCAAGGACGACGAGGUCCAGGGGGUUUGAGGACACUACCAAGGUCAGCAGAUCGGCAAGGGAGUCCAGGUGUACAGAAAGAAACGUGUCAUCUACAUCGAGUGGGUGCAGCGUGAGAAGGCUAAUGGCACGACUGUCCACGUGGGCAUUCACCCAAGCCGGGACCGAGCAGUGGUUAUCACCAGGCUGAAACUGGACAAAGAUCGGAAAAAAAUCCUUGAACACAAAGCCAAAUCUCGACAAGUUGGAAAAGAGAAAGGCAAAUGUAAAGAACUGGCUGAGAAAAUGCAGGAAUGAAGUUAACCUGUGGUGCAGCCACGGUUUAUCUGUAGGUUAUUUGCCGGGUGUGUAUUCCUUUGAAACUUUUCAAGAUGUCUCUGGAACACUUCGUUUCCUUCCUGUUUUGUUACUGAUGUGUGGCUCUGUAAAUCUGCUUUUGCUGUUUCAAUUAAUAGUUUUAUGAAGAAGACCUGGAAAUGUUUUCUAGUCCUGAAUGGUAUUUAUUGUUUUAUAGAUAAAAUCCAUCAUACUUUCA